AUGUCUUUAUAUGAUUCAACUUCAGUAACUUAUGACUCACCUUUGAUGGCUUCACAAUAUUCAUCUAAAGAAGUUGAGAAAAAAGAAGCAUGUCCAAAACAUUCUGGAGAAAGACCACCAGAUCCUACAUUCUAA